AUGUCAACAACUGAACAACGUCGAACAGUAACAACAACAACGUCAUCAUCAAAUCAAAAACGUCAACCAAGACGAUAUGUUUUAGAUGAUCCAUAUAAAACAAAUCGUCGACAACAAACAUCAACAAGAAUUGAAACAAAUCGAAAUAAUAAUAAUGUUAGUGGUACAACAUCAAAUGGAGAUGAUAUUCAUUCAAAUUCUGAAGAUCGACAACUAAAACGAUAUAGUACCGUUGUACAUUUAGGUGUUAAUAAUCAAACUGAUAUUGAUCAACAACAACAACAACAACAACAACAAUAUUUAUCUCGAUCAGGUUCAAAUGAAUAUUUUAUUCGUAAUGGUCAAACAAUGACAGCAAAUGAAUAUACUCGUACACUUCACGAUAGUGAAUCAUCAUCGGGAACGGCUACAAGAUAUAUUGAUGAUAAUAAUAUUAAACAAAUAUUAGAAAUGGAUGAAAAUGGUGAACAAUUUAUGUCAUCAAGAUCACUUCUAUCGCCAAUAGCACCGGAUGUUAAAAAUUAUCCAAUUAAUGUUGAUCCAAAUCCAGAAUUAAUUGUUCGACCAAAUACUCAACGAUUAACAUAUACACAUGAUGUAGCUGUGAGAUAUUUACGUCCACCAACACCACCACCACCUGGUCCAAUUAUUAUUCGUGAAAUUCGUGCUCCACCACCUCCUGUAGCACCUCCAAUUAUUUUGAGACAACGUCCACCACCACCAAGAACACCGUCACCUGUAAUUAUCCGAGAAAGACCACCAAAUCGACCAAAAUCGGUACCAACAACAGUAAUAAAAAAAGUUAUACCGGCUCCCGCUCCACCACCACGAAAAUUAAUUAUUGAACGUUUACCCAAUUUACCUCCUAAACCUCGUCCGGUAAUCAUUGAACGUUGGCUACCGUACAACAAACAAAAACGUCAAGUGGUUCAUGAACGUGCUAAACCAUUAGAACCAAUGGCACGAAUAAAAAAUACAAUUAUCGAAUGGAAACCACCUGAAGUUGAACUUGUUAAACAUGUUAAAAAAUUAGGUAUACAACAAGCAGAUCCAGUAAGAUAUUAUCAACAAUAUGGAGAUAAAUUAUAUACAACAGAUUUUAUUCAACGAAAAUUUCAAGAAUUAGGUUUACAGGAUGAAUUAAUCGUUUUACAACAACAACAACAGCAAGCUCAUCAAUCAGUAACAAAUGAUAAUGAAUUAUAUGAUUUACAAAAUAGUGAUGGAUAUAAUUUACGUCAAAUUAUGAGUGAAUAUCAUACAUCUUCACCACAAUCAACAUCACGUCAAUAUAGUUCAUUAGUACGUUUAUUAAAUGAAGAAGAUAUUGAUACAUCACAAAUAAAUAUUGAUCAAAUAAUGAAUGAUCAAGUAUAUGAUAUUGAACGUCGUUCACCAACUAAUCAAAAUUCAGUUGUUUAUGAUAGUAGUUCAAGUGGAGGUGGAAUAUUAACACAUAGUAAUAUAGAUAAUAUCGAUGAUCAACGAUACAUAUUAACAGAAGAAAUACUUCGACGUAAUUAUGAAAAUAGUGGUAAAUUUCCAACUCAUUUAUUAACAAAAUUAGGUUCAAAUGCUUACGAUAUGCCGUAUGAUCAAAGUGUAGGAAAUGGAAAUCAACGAUUAAGUAAUCGAAAAUAUUAUGAUGAUACCAGUCAAUCAUAUCAAGAAGAAAAAUAUGUUCAAAUUAAAUCAUCCGAUUUAAAAGAUGUAAUUAAUAAUUAUGAUGUUUAUACAACGACUAGUGGAACAGAUGGAGGAACUUAA